UGUCUCAGGCAGCAACACGAUCAACAGACAAGAGGAUCAGAUCUACGAUACAUUUGAAUAAAGAUCUCAACAUUGUUCAUUUUUACGGGAUUCAGACACGGCAUUGAAAGAGAGGCACAUAAGGACAACAUUCGUCUGGAACACAUCGGAUCAUCAGUCAUGGCGGAGUGUGAUGCUGAGUGGGAAUUGUGCAAAGAAAACAUUCAGCCCCUCAGACACGGUCGCACCAUUUCUGCUCUGCAUCAGGCUCUGUGUCAGCAACACGAGGGGAACAACGCAGCCCUCAACCAGAAGAAACAAUCCUAUGAAUCUGAGCUGCGUCUGUAUGAGGGCGAUGAUCCUCUCGAUGUUUGGGUCAGAUACAUAAAAUGGACGAAACAGACGUAUCCUCAAGGAGGGAAGGAGAGCAAUUUAUCUGUACUGCUUCAAAGAGCUGUGAGACGCUUCACAGACGACAAGAAAUAUCAGGAUGACAUCCGUUACGUUGAACUCUGGAUUGAAUUUGCAGAGAGCUGUUCUGACCCAAUGGACAUCUACCGCUUCAUGCAAGCUCAGGGAAUUGGUACCAUGCAGGCCGCUCUGUACAUCGCUUGGUCUGAGGAGAACGAGAAGAGGGGCAAUUUAAAGAUGGCUGACAGCAUAUUUCAAAACGGUGUCAAGUGUGGCGCACAACCUUCAGAGAAACUCCACGCGUUUCACAGAGCUCUCCAGGCACGUGUUUGCAGACAGAUGAUGUCAUCCAUGACUGACCAGAAGAAAGACCACGACGACGACGAUGAUGAUGGUGAUGAAGGAUCUGAAGAGCCUCAGAGAUCCUCACUGGCUGAAUUAAAAGCCAAAGGAAAGAAAAAAGCAGUUGUUCCCAUCAACAGAGCGAGCGCAUCUGUCAGCUAUGCACGUGGACUGCACUUCAAACAGCCGCUGGGCCCAAAACAGAACAGUCGUCUGGAGAUAUUUGAUGAGAACAAAAAUCCUGAAACUGAACCACAGGAACCACGAUUAGAAAUCUGGACGGCACCACCUACAGCCAGAGCCAAAGAGAACGAACAGAAACCUGAAAAAUGGACCAAUGUGAAGUUGCCCCUGAAGUCGAGAUCGGGCCUCAGCGUGGCCGUUCCACCUCCCCUCCCCACCUUCCAGCCAUUUGUAGAGGAAGACCACCAGCCGCCCGCUGUAACACCUUGUAAAAUCAACCCAGCUGUGAACUCUGUGCUGUCGGCCCGUAAGCCGUGUAGAGCGCAGGAGACGCCUCUGAAGAUGCUGUCGCAGCACACGCAGCAGGCGGCGGAGGGAAAGACUCGUGAACAGAGCAUGUACUGUAAAGAACUGCUCUACAGCGGAGUCACAGAGUUCUGCUUCGAGGAGCUGCGCGCUGAGAGAUACAGACAGAAACUACAGACAGACAGACAGACUGAACAGUGAAGAGGUCCGGCGUGUUUCAUUCACGUCUACACCAUGAGCUUACUAGGGUUUGAAAUGUUCAUCAAGUCAGUGUUUGUUGUCAAUGGUUUCUUCGUUGUUGUUGUUUACUGUUGAUGUUUUUUGUACAGAUUUUUGAGUACAUGCAUAGUUUUUUUGCAAAAUCUCGCUUUUAUAACUUUUUCAUUCCGGCUAAGGAAGUUGUGAAUAAUUUGUAGAAUUGUCUUUAUACAACAAGAGAAAUGUUUACCUACGGACAUCUGAUGUCUUUUUGUGUGAGAUGUGUGUUUGUUGAAUGAAUACUUCAAUAAACGCUGCACAUUUCAUCAUGUACAGUUCGAUCUUGAAUUUGA